AUGGCUGCGAUGAGUCUACCGUUUGUCACCUUCUGCUGCUCCUGCACGCUAAUACUCUACCGGAUCAUUUUGUCUUUUUUCAUCACUCCUCUUCUUCGGGCGCGACGUAUCAGAGUCCUGGGUUGUGGCCCAGUGUUGGUAGAACCAAAGAGAUGGCCCUUCGGGUUAGAUUUGGUGCGAGCCGGUCUAAAGGCUGAUAGAGAUCAGAGAACCCCCGAGUUUUUGAUGGACCGAUUCAAAGCAAUGAGGAGAAACACGUUCGGGGUCAAAAUUCUCGGCACAUCUAAUCUGAUCACUGCGGAACCAAACAACGUACAGGCUAUACUGGCCACUCAAUUCAACGACUUUGCGAUGGGCCGAGCUCGGAAGACCAAUCUGAAAGUAGUGCUGGGCCGCAGUAUCUUUGCUGUCGAUGGUAAAGCCUGGAGCUCGUCGAGAGAGGCCGUCAGGCCUAUCUUCUCAAGAGAGAACAUUUCGAAUCUGGAAAUGCUAGAGAAGCACGUCCGGACUUUGAUAGCAUGCAUCGAGUCUCCGGGUUUCGAUGAGAAAGGGUGGACCAAGCCUGUGGGUCUGGCAAAGUUAUUCCCGUCUCUCACCAUCGACAGCGCGACAGAGCUUUUCCUUGGCCAUAGCACGAACUCUCUGCUUGCGCGUUACAACGGUGAACCACUUCAGCACGAUUUUCACUGGGCCUUUGAGCGUGUCCAAGCUACACUCAGCGUCCGGAUGCGAUUGAGAAGCCUCUAUUGGUUGUACGGGAAUGGAGAGUUGAAAGACUGCAUGAAAAUCCUCAACAAUUUCGUGGACGACGCCAUUAGCCUAGCCGAGAUGUCGAAACGUGAAGGCAAAUACGACUACUUGAACACGCUCCGAGAAAGAUGUGCCGACCAGGCCGAGGUCAGAGAGCAAGUCUUGGGUCUCUUAGCAGCUGGCCGCGACACCACGGCGAGCUUGAUGAGCUGGGUCUUCUAUUGUCUGGUUCGGAACCCGCGCGUGCUGGUCAAAUUGCGAACCGUGGUCCUCAAGGAUUUCGGAGAAUACACGACGGAUUCAGAAGCAGUGGCGAGGGAUAUCACGUUCCAAAAGUUGAAGAAUUGCCAGUAUCUGCAGUAUGUCAUGAAGGAGACACUUCGUCUGCACAGCAUCGUCGCCUUCAACAGCAGGAUGGCGGUGAAGGACACGACUCUCCCGACGGGCGGUGGCCACGACGGUACCAUGCCUGUUUUUGUGCCUGCCGGGACUGAAGUCAACUUCUCUACCCAUGUGAUGCAUCGGCGGAGAGACUUGUGGGGCGACGACGCCGAUGAGUUCGUGCCGGAGCGGUGGGAGUCGGCGAGGCCUGGCUGGAAUUAUGUGCCCUUCAACGGAGGACCUAGACUGUGUAUCGGCCAGCAAUUUGCGUUGACGGAGGCUGGAUUCGUCAUAGUCAGGUUGCUUCAAAGGUACGAUACUUUUGAAGGCUUGGACGUUGACCUGACCAGGGACCACUGCCAUUUCACAAUAGUGGCUGCCCCUGGUACCCCCAACUUCGGUGACGAGCCGGUCAAAUGCCGCUUGAGAGUUGCGAGCAAACAGUUACGGAUUUAA